AUGGGCGGGGGGCAGCAGACGGCGUCCCUCGUGACACAAAAUCGGGGGCCUGGUGCUGCAGGAGGAACGACAGCGGGAGGUUGCAGGACGACGAACACGAUUUCGCCGCCACCUGGAGUUGCGCUCGGAGAGUCACGGUCAGCGGUACAAAUUAUGCUUUAUAAAAAUAUAUACAUAUCUGCGCAUCAUGCGUCGUGGUCGUGUAGGUGUUUGUAGACGUACUUCAAUACUAAAGAAACCGCGCAAGAAGGUCAAGGGUCUCUACCUUCUAAGAAAAAAAUCUGGACUGGCUUGGUGCAGCUCCGUUGCGAGCUGAUCCCGUUCUUGUUCUGCCAAGCGUAAGUAAUAAAAAGGGUUCUUGCGAAUCCAGUCAACUGCAGUUGCAAGAAGAAGGCCCGAAAAAUCUUCACGGGGCAAUUUCGAGUUCGCGCAUAGCGAACACUGCGACAUUCGUUUCCACAUGGGGGUAGCGGAGGCACAAUUUCGUAUUCCUGUGCCGCGCAGUGGCAGUCUGCAAUUUCUUUGACUUUGGCUGUCUUAGCGAUGUCCUGGCUGUCUCGAAGUAGCUCCGUCGUGAGUUGGUCGCUUUUGGGUCCUUGUUCUUUUUUUAUCCUGAGCACAUUAAUCAAUGCAAUGACCCAGAUUGGCAUUUGGUUUUGGAUUAUACUAGAUGAACACGAAACUCCACUAAUCGUAGCAUGUCUUGCUGUGCCCUGACUAAGACAUGCAAACACUUGAAGUAGAACCAGGACCCAAGCCAUUGCACGCUCCCGACAAUGCAGUUAGAUGAUUAUGAUCAUGCAGAGGCGUUCACUCUUUGCGAUCGUAACUGUCGUGUCAGGCUUUGUUUGCACAGGAGACAGCGGAAAAUAGAAAUACAAUUUCGAUUUGCCAAAACCACCACUGCAGGCCAAUCCGCCUGUGACCGCGUUCAAUGGACCGCCGAGACCAAAAUCAAAAGCGCGCCAAGGGUCUGGGCCUUCGGAGUGGGGACCGGUCGAAAGCUCUCGCACUACAAUGCUCGGCGAAUCGCAACAGGUACGUAAAAAGAGUGCUUAGCAGCUGUAUGCUAGCUGAAAGAAGUGCUCAUGAUGGAAAUGACUACUAUUCACUCGGUCGGCUAGGGCUGUGUUUGCUCGCGCGCCAGUUCUUUAUUUUCACGUCGGAUCCCUUAAAAAUGUUUGUGUGUACGAUAUAUUUGCUUUAUGUAUGAUAUAUCAAGUUCUUGGAGAUCUUCAUCUUCCGCUAUUUGCGUGCUUUCCUUGAAGAGCAUCGGCCUGUUUACUAGUCUCCUUUUGCAGAAGUUCACUUAGUUUACAUAAACAGUGACGAGGAGCAUUCUGGAUCAGGUCCGUGUUUCAACGGAUACAUGCUUGAAAUUUAUCUCAGCCUCUGGGUAGAUCCGGAACCGAAAGAAUCGUGACUUCGCAUGCGCAUACCACCAUUCACAUCAUCUGCUCAGACAAAGAAAACAACAACUUCGAUCACAAACAUGGUGCAAAAUUUCAUGAUUACAGCGCUCUGCAUCUGUUCCUAUACGUGGUGCUCGCCGUGAAACUCAAGCAAGGAAAGAGGCAAGACAUGAUGAUGAUGUUGCUGGAGGAGGUGGAGCCGGCCGCGGGCCCCCACACCAUGUUUCAUCUUUUGGCGCAACUCGGAGCACCAGGAGCGAAAGCCGCGGGACGCGUCCAGGGCAAACGCAAGUGGAAGUGUCGGCGGCGAGUAGUGCACCUAGUACAAAUGGGCGCUUUGGCUUGGCGCAGUCACUUGGCGAUGGCUUGCCGGUAAGUACGCAUCUGUGCUUUUUUGGCAUGGGUUACGACAUGAUGAUGACACUAGUUGCUUUGUUAAAGUGGGAGUGCGCCAUUUUGCUUUUCUAUCCUUUUUUUGUCUUUCGAGCAGGACCCUAAACCUCAUGCACGCCUUUCCAGUGCAGGAUAGACGAUGAUGAUGAUGAUGAUGAUGAUUUCGCUUUUGUCUUCUUGGCAUAUCAUUUAAGUGGCAAGCUUCGGACGAGUUCGAAAUUCAGCCUGUGAUUGUCUUGAUAUCUCACAUGGUUAUCAUCUUAAGUCCUUCCACCACGAACAGGGUCCUGAUUCUCCUGAAAAACAAGCCAUGCUCCGAUCGGUAGCCUCUCCGGUUAGGGCACGACCACAAGUGUCCAUAUCAAGCGAAAAAUUUGAGACAGAUACCCGAAUCGCAGAUUCUCAUUCCGAUUCCUUUGCAGAGUACAACGUUCUUGUGGCUCGCUUCACCAAAUUUUGCAUAUUUAUAAAUCUUGCAACAUGAGGAGUAGAAUAGUAUGCUUAGCGUGGAAAAGCGAAAGACAGAGAAGGUACGCUUGCCGACUCAUUUUACAGCAACUGAAGGAGCCCUUCUGUUUUCAGAAGAAGUGGACACAGCUGUUGCUUUAGUCCGGGCAGGGCAGGCUCGGCCGUCUGAUGGAGUAGGCGUAGAUAUCAACUGGAAUAAGAAUUAAUGCAAUUAGGGCUCGGUGUUUUUGUUCUGCGCGAUAACUGGGGCGGUCGGGCAAUGAUGCUUUUGGUGAUCGGACGCACACACUACCACUCAUGCACCGUCCCAUGGCGGGGACCAGUUUUACGGAGAAAAGGUCAGGCAUAUCGCCAGAUCUCCCCGAAACGUCGCUGCUGGAACGAGGAUGUUGCGGCAAUGACUCCCCCUCAACAGUACGUCGUGAGAAAUUUGAUAUCGAUGACCGCAAGAACUUUAGGUUAAGUAUUUCUGGUUUGCUGCACCUGCUUGCAUAGUUUAUGUUUGUAAAUAGGCCGCGUUGCAGCAAUUGCCGCGAAUGCGAAUCAUUUUCACGAAGAAGAGGCUCCGCAAUAGAAAUAUGAAAAAAACCUACCAUACCUUGUUGACAAGCAUGCAGGGCACCAUCAGCUCUGCUGCGUCAAAUCAAUACAAAGAGUAGUCGGCCUCGGCCCGCUACAUUGUCACGACGAGGAAAGAGCCAGAGGUCUAGGGGCUCGGUAUCUCUUCUGUUCGCCACGAUAAGUCAAUCUUGAAGAUGGUGGUCUGAGCAGCACGAGCACCGCAGCAAACACAAGCAGCGCCUUUGAGUCGCAAGAAGAACCCGCUGGACCAAGCGACAAUGAAAGUCCGCGGGCCGUGGGGUCGAGUGGUGGCGGGGCGGCCGCCGCGGGUUUAGUCACGACACGAACCCACCACGCCGCUUCGCUAGUGGGACUGACGAGCGGAAGUCCGACCGUGAUCGUGAGGAACUACAGGGCUGGCACCAGGGAGCAAAUUCCAAUGAAUUCUGCGCAAGACCUCCUCGUCGACUUUGUGGACAAGUGGUUGUCCGAUAUAUCCAACCACGUGGACGAGCAGAAGAACGCGGGCGACCAGUUUGUGAAUGAACGAGUGAAAGAAAUGAGACAAUACGUGGCAGACGAACAAACCGCGAAUUGGCACAACCUCGCAGACUACGUGCACAAAUACGUGACGGAAUUUCAUCAGUCCGUUUCGCAGCUAGCCGCGGAGUUGCGUGGCGACAUGAAGAGCCUCGAGGCGAAAUUGGACCACACGCUGCACAGCGGGCCCCUGCAGACGAAUUCUCUGCAGCCGAGCUCAGUCGGUACAACAAGCAGCACAUCUUUUGUGCAGGUCACGAACGCCAGCGCCACGACCCAUGAACCCGCGCAGCUCGUCCCGGAAGCGCCGUCGCUGCUGGAAUUGGAGAGAGCUGCAAGUCCAGAAUCGACUGUACUCGUCCCAAAUGAAAAGGACGGCACCACGGACGAAACUCAACUCCAUUCGGCGCGGUCCCUGGGCACGGGCACCGGGUGGGACGAGAAGGAUCAACAUGGGGGCGACCAGUUGUACGUGGCCACCAGACCACCGCAGAAGGAUCAACAUGUCGGCGAGGAGUAUAAUGUGGCUCAGGAAGUGCAAAGGAUGCUUACUCACGUCGAGAAGGAGAUUCAAGGGGUGAAAACCUACGUGGAAACGGAACAAACGGAGACUCAACGGAUAUUCUGAGGAAAAAUCCCCCCUCCCCAUAUCGAAAAGGUAUGUUUCCGAAAAUUUGUGUUGCUGAUUUGAGGUCACAAAUCACGUCUGUCUUGCAAGAAGACAGGCGCAGAGGCUUCCGCACCAUUAUGGAAGCGAUUUGGCAUGCUGUUGCGCCUAGGGGGCACCCGUUUGCAAUGCUAAGCAACUAGACCUAUACGCCCCUACCUAGGCCGAGGACCUGGCUGCGAUGCCUUACUGCAAGACAAGUCCGAUUUGUGUAGCCAAAUCCUGCAUCACAGAUUUCCAUUUCGAUAUGGGGAGGGGGGAUUUUUCCCUUUGAUAACGGAACCUCGAAGAGUACUUGCAGAAGCACGUCACGGACCACCACCAGUCUCUGGUAGAACUCGCCAAGCAAUUGCACAACGAUGUCGAGCGUCUCAAAGCCAAAUUGAAUUUGCACAUUGCGCAAACGGGGACGAAUUCUCGGCAGCACGGCUCCACCGGUCGUGCUGCCAACCGGUCUUUCUUGCAAGUCGCGUGACGUGCUCAGUCGUGCUGGUCGCACUGAGAGGACGCUCUCAUCUUCGAUCAGUGUUGUUGCGUUUGCGACUUUCGUCUUCUACGUCUAGUACAAUUGAGUAGGUCAGCACUUAUUUCAACGUUCUCUUGGUCACGAUAAAUUGUUUAUUGGUUUUCAUCAACAUCAUCGCGUGUCUUUAUAAAUUCACAUUCAUUCGAUACGAUCAGUUACGUUUGAAGGAAGAUUGUUCCUAUGUAAAGUUUCUAAGUGGCACUGUCGAGUAUGCGAGGGAUUUUUGCUUUCUUGUGCGAAGAAGUAGCUAAAAAUAUGACACACUAAGGAUCAUGUACUCAUUAUAAUUAAAUACAUUUUCAAGGAGCCUAAUAUUCUUUUACACGAAUUUCUAUACGUAUUAAACUAUAAAACUUAAACUAACGACUGAACUUUUUUUUCUUGCAAAUAAAAAUGACGCAGAAUCAUGUUUCUCGAUUCCACUGCUCCCAGCAUCUUCCAGAACUUUUCGGUCACACAACAUUCGUUGAAUUCGAGUUUCGUUGCAAGCUCGUCUUGCGCGACUUCGAAUUCAACGUGCCAUGAAUGUCAUCCCCAAUGAUUAAGAUCGAAAAAGUGUGGAAAUAAUCCUUGAGGAUACAGUAUUUGGAUUUCCGAUUUUAAAACAAAGAUUCGACGUGGCUUUCCAUCUCCCCGAUGGAAUGCCAGGCAGGUUAUCAUGAAAGAUCGGCGAAGUAU